CUCUCGUUGUCGUUUGUUCUUUCGCUCUGUCUUCGCUUCUUGUUGAAGACGAAGAAGAAUGAGGAAGUUAAUGGCUUCCUUUGUUGUCGUUGCAGUUCUAAUCCUCUCUUAUGGAAACUAUGUCAGGUCGGAUGGCUCUAACCAUCGUUACAAGGCCGGAGAUCCGGUGCCUCUGUAUGCGAACAAGGUCGGCCCGUUUCAUAAUCCCAGCGAAACGUAUCGGUAUUUCGAUCUUCCAUUCUGUUCCCCAGCUCAUGUUACUGAGAAGAAAGAAGCUCUUGGUGAAGUCUUAAAUGGAGAUCGUUUGGUCAGCGCUCCCUAUAAGCUCGAGUUCCUUACUGACAGAGACUCUGAAGUUGUUUGCAGAAAGAAGCUAUUGAAGGAAGAGGCUACUGUGUUCCGAAAUGCGGUCACUAAGGACUACUAUUUCCAGAUGUACUAUGAUGAUUUGCCGAUCUGGGGUUUCAUUGGCAAGGUCGACAAGGAAGGCAAGACUGACCCCAGCGACUAUAAGUACUACCUUUAUAAGCACAUUCAUUUUGACAUUGCUUACAACAAGGACCGUGUUAUCGAAAUUAAUGUACGAACUGACCCACAUGCCUUGGUGGAUCUCACCGAAGACAAGGAAGUUGAAGUGGAAUUCAUGUACUCUGUGAAAUGGAAGGAAACCACAAUUCCUUUCGAGAAGAGGAUGGAUAAAUAUUCAUCGUCUUCUGCGCUGCCUCAUCACUUGGAAAUCCAUUGGUUUUCUAUUAUUAACUCAUGUGUUACGGUGCUUCUCCUAACUGGGUUUCUUGCGACCAUUCUCAUGAGAGUACUCAAGAAUGAUUUUGUGAAGUAUGCUCAUGAUGAAGAAUCAGCUGAUGACCAAGAGGAGACUGGAUGGAAGUACAUUCAUGGUGAUGUGUUCCGGUUUCCUAAACAUAAGUCUUUGUUUGCAGCAGCCCUUGGUUGUGGCUCACAAUUAUUUACUCUAACCAUUUUCAUUUUUCUCCUUGCACUUGUUGGGGUAUUUUAUCCAUACAACCGGGGAGCCCUAUUCACUGCGCUGGUUGUCAUAUAUGCACUUACAUCAGGGAUUGCUGGAUAUACUGCUACGUCUUUCUAUUGCCAACUUGAAGGAACAAAUUGGGUGAGGAAUCUGUUGUUGACUGGAUGCCUCUUUUGUGGGCCUCUUUUCCUCACGUUCUGCUUCCUUAACACUGUUGCAAUUGUUUACAGUGCCACAGCAGCGCUGCCAUUUGGCACUAUUGUGGUAAUAGUUCUUAUAUGGACGUUAGUGACAUCACCUUUGCUUGUAUUGGGUGGGAUUGCGGGUAAAAACAGCAAGGCUGAGUUCCAAGCUCCUUGCCGUACAACAAAAUAUCCCAGAGAAAUUCCACCAUUACCUUGGUACCGGGGAACUCUUCCUCAGAUGGCAAUGGCAGGUUUCUUACCUUUCAGUGCUAUAUACAUCGAGCUUUACUACAUAUUUGCCAGUGUUUGGGGUCACAGGAUUUACACCAUUUACAGCAUCCUGUUCAUUGUUUUCAUAAUUCUUCUAAUUGUCACCGCUUUCAUUACUGUGGCAUUGACAUACUUCCAACUUGCUGCUGAAGACCAUGAGUGGUGGUGGAGGUCUUUUCUCUGUGGAGGAUCAACUGGUUUAUUUAUCUAUGGUUACUGCCUGUACUACUACCAUGCACGAUCAGAUAUGUCUGGUUUCAUGCAAACGUCCUUCUUCUUUGGGUACAUGGCUUGCAUCUGUUAUGGCUUCUUCCUUAUGCUUGGGACUGUGGGUUUCCGUGCCUCUUUGCUUUUCGUCCGUCACAUAUACAGGUCUAUCAAGUGUGAGUAGUGAAUGGGGGUCAUCCACAAGGAGAAGAAUGAAGUGUUGAUAAUGAGUGGAUCCUCAACGAAGUCAUCAGGUAUGUUUCUUUUUGUUUUUUUUAUAGGAUCGCUUAUAGCGAAGGUUACAUGAUUUUUGUUGGAUGGAGAGUACCUCUGAUCUCAGAAAGGAGAAGUGGGAGUCUAGUUGAGGCUAUGUUUUCCAGGAAAUGGGUUGGAGUUCUUCUAUGUAGUGCCAUCACUCGAAGGGAUGUUGAGCAUUCGUUAGUUAAAUGGUGUCUGUAAUCUGGGAAUAGACAAAUCAGGGGAACUGGGGAAGAAACUCUUGUAUCAUUACAUGUACUUGCACCAGUUGGAAAACAAAUUCUCUUCUCAUUUAUA